AUGCAGAAUCCAAUCCCUGCUACCGCUGCUGUUGCUGUUCCAGCUUCUACUUCUGAUUUGAAUGUGGAGUUCUGGGCGGGACCGUCGCGACCUCAACCGCGUCGAUACAACAAGUCCACAGAUUGGCAACCCCACAAGUCAUACAUCCUACGAAAGAGAUCUGAAAAUGUACCAUUAGAUGAGAUCGUGAAACUAUUGAAGUCCGAGAGGAAGCUGGAUGUCGAGCUCCACCAAUUAAAGCACGUGUUGAGAACUUGGAACUCCACGGUGCGUAUUAAUGCCACUCGUCGGCGCUACAUUGUAAGCAAGACCUUGCAGCGACGGGCGGCCGGGAAGCAAAGGACUGUAUUCAAGUAUGCGGAAACCGGGGAGAAGAUUCCAGAUGAUAAAGUGGAUAAGGUGCUGAAACGGUACAAGAAUGAAGCACAAGGUCAGUCUGUAUUUUUCUGUCCGGCCGAGGGUAGUUCCGGCGUCCUGGGUCAUGCAGCUUCGAUUGGACGGUUUGAAAUGAGUUCAUGCAUGAAAAUCGAUCUUGCCCUAACCUUUGCAUGGGAAAAGAUUAAGUACCGUCCGCUAACCGGUUUUUUACACAUUCCAGGCCCAAAUGAAGACGAACAAAUCGAUCUCAUUGCCCAGACCCCGAGUGCUUCAAGCGUAAGCUCCAAAACUGCGGUGGAAGAGGACCAUAUCACUCCUCUUCAAAAAGCUGCAGCAAGAUGGCUUCAAGAAGACAGUACUACAACUCCAAUAGAGGAGGCCAUGAUGGCCAUGAGCCUCAUUGGUGGUGAAACUGCAAUUCCUGACUUAUACCAAUUGAUUGAUGAAUCCGUGCCCGAGAUCCCCACGGAGACCCUCCAAGGGGCGGACCCGGACAAUGCCCAAACAACCACGCCGGGUCCGAGUGAACCCGCAAAUGAUUCUAAUUCCCCCUCGGGCGCACCUACUGAAACCCGUCCUCCACCCGAGGACCCUUCUGUCAUAAACGCUGCAAUGGAAGACCAUGUAGAGCAAGGUCAAGCAUUCUCCCUAGACCUAUCAUCUGGCUUCCACCAAGCCACAGCAGUCCUGCGUCCUAUCUGUACGGCCUGGAUAGAAAGAGUCAAGCGAAACGCCAUAUGCAUCGUGUCAGAGCAGCCAUUAGACCCAGAACCUACAAUCGAAGAAAUAGAAAAAAUAGGCUACACCCCUACAGAGUCCAUAGAGCCUUUACCUCCAGGAGUAUGUACUAGCGUUUUAAAAUAUCUAGACGAUCCAGACCCCCUCCCCGAUCGAGGUCACGAAAUGCUGAGUAUGAACUGGGACCCCGUUUCCAAAAUCUACUUGAGCGUCCUCCCAGCGUUCUGGGGUCUUUUCGCAGGAACUUCCGCCUUCGAAACUACAAAGUUAUAUCUAGACGAUGUCGCCCGAAUAUUCUACCUCCCAACUCUUGUCACAAAAUAUGGUCCAGGUCACUACUUCGUAACUCGUGCGAUGCAAAGCUUCGGCAUGUGUUUAGGUCUAGUAUGCCAUCCUCAAGUCUCCGCUGAAAUCCUAGAAAUAGCUGUUCGCGCUUUCGAUAAAUUGGACAUGAAGCUCCACCAACAUGCACUGGAUACCUUCUACCAACUCGCCCAAGUCCUCCCGUUCAGUCCCAACGGUCCUCUAGCUACCCGGCUAGUUCAAUUCUUCCACCAAAGAUGCCUAGUCCGCUACGGCCGUGGUCACGGCCGCACAAUCUCCGCGUUAGCAUUAAUGGCCCGCCUUCUAAUAAACCAAAACCUCAAACCAAUCGCCAUAACCAUCAUCAACGAAGCGAACAAAACAAUCUCCGAGACCCAAGAAGUCGAAAAGACGUCAAAGCAAUACGCCGACGCUCUCCGAGAUCUCGGAAAGGCAGAGUUCUACGCAGGAUUAACCCAUAAAUCCACAAAGACACUAACCGACGCCCUCGCACGAAACGAUGAUCUAGAACAUCGUGCCCCCGAUUCCUCACAUUUAUCAUUUUUGUUAGGAAUGAUCCACGGCCAUUUACAACAGUGGGAAAGCUCGAUUAUGUUUUUGAGGAGGAGUACUUUUUACCGAUCCGAUACCUUUGGAGAAUUACAUCGUGCGACGGGGAGUUCGAUGGAGGCUUUGACUAGUAUGUGCGAAAGGAGGGGUCUGGUGUUGUAUGAAAAUCCGGUGUUGGAUAUGUUGGAGAAGUUGUUCAAGAUGUAUGAAAAUAGGUUUGGAGAGGAUCAUCAGAGGACUUGGAAUGCGUGGGUGAAGUAUGGGUCUGCUAUGAUGGUGAAGAAGAUCACGGAGGAUAGGAAUGCGCCUAUAAAUAGGGAUAUUGUUGAAGUUAUUUAG